UUGCAGUCUCGUCGAUUUGCCUUCUUUGAACUUGUUCCGGUCAAUUUUGACAAAACAGGCAACGGUUUUGCGGAUGUUCCCGUGACAUGUGUGACUGCGGGUUGCGGUUAUCUGUGGAUAGGUGACGAAGAUGGUUUCAUGCAUUGCAUGAAUAGCAGUUUCUGUGUUUCCUCCUUCCGAGCUCACCUCCUACCCGUACGCCACUGUGUACAAGCCAAAAACGCUGAUCUGUUGGUAACUGUGGGUGCCGAUGAGCCCUACGACGAAAAGUUAUGCGUAUGGAACACUCGAAAGUGGUCGCUCAUGUCGAAGACCUCAACUCCUGUGUGCUGUCGCACAGUCAAGGCCGCACCGCCUGACAAGCAAGCUGGAGAGGUCACAUGCAUCGAGGUGGCCGAUAGUCGGGAAAUAGUGUUGCUGGGUCAUUCGACCGGCCUUGUUCAACUCAUCAUGGGAGAUCUCUCUUCCGACCGCCACUGCCGGCGCCUCAUCCUGCACGAAUUCUCAAGCCCAGUGACUGGCCUGAGUUUCUUCAGUACAAAGAGGAACAAACAGAAGGCUGGCGGACAGCCGUUGGGUGAGGAAGCUAAUGGUGGCUCUCGCUCGCGUCUUGCCAAACGCAAGCCUCUCAAUUCAUCCACCAACCUGGCUGCAGAUGCCAACCUAAGUGUCUCUAAUGAUGAGAUUAACUCAGCAGCCGGUUUUGGUCCUCUCUAUCAGGCCAUCGUCUUUGCCAGUUCUGAGGACACGCUGGAGAGUAUCAUUUUAGGCAAAAAGGGUGAACCCUUACGCAAGACUACCCUGGACAAAUUUGGAUGUCGUCCAAACUGCUCGCGACUCAUAUUUGAUACGGAGAACUCUGCUCCACCCAUGUUCAUUAUGGCCCAUAAAGAUGCAGUGUACUUCUACGAAAGUGAGGCACGUGGACCUUGCUACGCUCUGGAGGGGGACAAGCGUGGUCUCUUCGCCUACAAAAACUAUCUGAUUGCCAUAAAAAUUCUUGAACUUAUUGAGAAGGAUGCUCAGUCGAAGUUGGACAGUCUGUUUGCAAAAAAGAACUUUAAUCUGGCGAUUGCAGUAGCAACGUCGGAGAAUUUUGGCGGUGAGGAGUUGGCGCACAUUCACCGACGCUGUGCCGAUCACCUCUUUAGCCAGAGAGAGUACGACGCCGCUGUAAGGGAAUACUGUCAAACAAUCGGCGUUGUUGAACCAUCCUACGUUGUUCUUCGGUUUUUAGAAAACGGUCUUAUUAAUCAGCUAGCUCGGUAUCUGGAGGCCUUACAUAAACCGUCUAAUGUCGAACAUUUAACUAAGGAACACACAGCCCUCCUUCUCAACAGCUACGCUCGACUUGAUGAUGAAGCGCGGAUCGAUUCUUUUCUGUCCGUGAGUUCCCUACGCAAUAUCUUUGUUUUAUUUGACGUGUACUUUGCCCUUGGACAAAGGAAGAUGCUGUCUACUCAGCCCAAGAUCGGCAGCGAAUUUUACCCCUGUGUGAACGUGCUUCGUCGAGCUGGCUAUCCCCGACAGGCACUGCGACUUGCCUCCCUCUCCGGCAGCCCCACUGACUGUGUCCGGAUUCUCGUGGAAGAUUUGAAGGAUUUCCCUUCAGCCCUACAGGAAAUUAACGCGUUGCCUUUCGAGGAGGCCUUAAACAUGAUCUGCACUUAUGGUAGCUUGCUCAUCGAGGCACUUCCCACCGGGACGGCCGAGCUCCUGGACAAACUGUGCUCCAAUCCAAGUAUGUUCAAACCUUUUUGGUCCAAAUUAUUUAUACGGAUGUCUCCCCCUACACGAAACUCUUCUAACUGGAUCGCACCUGAUACCAGGAUGUGGGAUUUAUCCCCCAGGGGUAGAAUGCUAUGCAGAUUAACCUUAGACGGGAUUAUUAAAACCGAGCUUGUGGAUGGUUCCUUGAUUGGUUUUUAUCAUGCAUGA